CGAUAAAUCGUUAGGAGAAUGUGAGUUUCUCCUCGAUGACUAUGUCAAUCUUGCGGAAUCUGAACCAAGUAAGUGCCGAAUAGCAAGAUCAAUUCCGAUACCUUGUCAUACGUUUGCAUAUACUUCCUUAGUACUGCAGUAACAAAGGACUGUACGCAAAUCUUUCACGAGACACUGUACAGAUAGAUCAGUGCUAAUGAAGCUUGUAUCAAAACAAAUUCAGCUUGAUCUCGAUGGAAUUUGGAAUGGCUCCUUGAACGUCGAGGUUCGACCAGAGCCUGUUGUGAAGCCAGAGCCCUCAUCUCGGACCAUCGAAAGGAUUCAGGACCUGAUGGACCAUGUUCACUCGGAUCCUACACCAGAAGGCUGGCAGAGAAAAGAGAUUUCCAAUGGUAGCUCAUACUUUACAUCCGCCGCUGGGAAGGAGACCAUCGUCUGUACACCCAGUCCAAAAUCAACACAAAAGCUUGUGGGCUCAGAUGCCCACAUAGAGCCCGACUUGGGUUUGCCUUCUGGAUGGGAUCAGCGGACUACGGAAGCUGGAAAAAUCUACUAUAUGGAUCACCGUAAUAGGCUCACCCAAUGGGUGCCGCCUAGUGAUAAAGGAUUAUCGUAAAUAUCGAUUGAGCUUUAGUGAUGCCUUUAGAGUGCCUUUCCAGGUUAAUGCGCGUCUGUCCCCAAGAGGAACCACUCAAGAGGAGGGGCU